AUGAAGCGCUCAGUCCAGAACGAGACACACUACCAGAACAUGCUCGAUACUGUUGCCGCCGCCUGUAAGGCCUUGUCCAACAACAAUCUGCUCGGUUGGUCCUAUGGUAAUGAGCCAAACCUGUAUGGGUUUGACAAUUGGUAUCCUGCUGAUUACACAGCGGCGUGGCUGAAGGGUACUCGAGAUGCAAAGAAGGUUCUCGAGGACAAGUGCCCAGACCUUGCCGAUGACGACAAGUUCCGCUGGCUUACGCCAUCACCGUCCAGCUUGUCAUCAGGGCAUGUGAAUAUUCCAGACAUCAUGGAGGCGGGCAUUGACGAGGAUGGCUCAGUCUAUUUCCUUGGGGCUCACAGCUACAUGGGCAAUGGAAGAGAACCUGUAAACAAGCAGGCCAAGCUCAUGAACCAUACGUCUGUAGAGGGUUCCAUUAAUCGGCAUGUAAGCCUGAUGAAGAAGCUCGUCAACUACACACAGCCGUAUUCGAUAAGCGAGACCAACAGUUUGUAUGGGGCGGGCAGAGCUGGUAUUUCAAACACUUUCGGAGCUGCUUUGUGGGCCUUGGACUUCAGUCUGCAUGCCGCAGCCAAGAACAUCACCCGUCUGAACUUCCAUAUGGGCAGGGACUACCGCUAUUCGGCUUGGCAACCUGUACAGACAUCCAAACAGGACAUCGGAACAAAGGCGCCCUAUUACGGUAACCUGGCAACUGCAGCCAUCCUGGGUCGUCUCGGUAAGGACAAGGUCCAGGUUGCGAAUCUCCCAGCUACUGGAAACGGGGCCGAAUCUGCGUAUGGCAUUUACCACUCGGGAAAGCUUGCCAAGGUGGCUAUCCUGAACAUGGCCGAAUACAACUUCACAGCUAGCGGUAAUGCAGCCGAGACUGAGCUCAACAAAUCCAAGCGUAGUAACCACAGCUUUUCCAUCAACCUCGACAAUAGUUUCAACGGCAAGACUGCUACGGUGCGUCGUCUCAUCGCUCCGGGUGCUGACUCGAUUACUGGCAUCACAUGGGAUGGAUACACCUUCAACUAUGACGUUGACAAUGGCAAGGCUGUGCGUGUCUCAAACGUCACUGUUGGCGAGGAGGUUGCUGUUAGCGAUGGCAAAGCGACUCUUUCUAUCGCGGACAGCAGUGCGGUGGUUCUUGAGUUUUGA